AGAUAAUUGGCGCAGCUGAACCCAGUGAACUAAUUAUUCUCUCCUUAAAUACAGUAGCAUGCUGGACUGUGGGGAGAGGCGGUUGGAGAGCGGAUGGAAGAAGAGCCAGAACAAAAGCAAGAACGACCAAAAAUAAAGAACCUACACUGCAACACUGGUGUCAGCGUGGUAUCUCAGGGCCAAGACGAACUCUCGGUAGCACGAUUACGCUACAAUUGGCGCCCAACGUAACUUGGCUCUGAGAGUGCUAUGACGGAUCCGCAGCAAAUGCAGCCGGUGGCGAUGCUGGCCCAGAUGCUGGGUGAAAUUGUGGCGAUGCACCAGGAGCAGGCGGCGGUGAAUAGACAACAGCUGGAAAGGAUGCAGGACCAGGCGGAUAAGCAGACCCAGCUGCUGGCAAGCCUGGUGUCCCAGCCGGGGGCCUCACUACCGCCAUCCCCACCACUCGCCCUCUCCGGCAUCACCCUCCACAAGAUGUCGGCGGCGGAUGACCCCCAGUCGUUCCUGGAAAUGUUCGAGGCGACGGCAGUGGCAUGUGGAUGGCCGGCGACAGAGUGGUCUGUGCGGCUGCUGCCACUGCUGUCCGGGGAAGCGCAGACAGCGGCGCUCGGACUCCCGGCCGCCGCGCGGCGGAGCUUCCCGGACGUGAGGAGGGCCGUGCUAGAUCGGCUGGGAUUCUCCAGCGAAGAUCACCGCCGCCGGUUCCGGAGCAUGAGGCUGGGGCCCGCGGAUCGCCCGUUCGUCUAUGCACAGCAACUGAGAGAUGCAGCGACGAGGUGGCUGCAGCCAGGGGAAUCCUCGGAGGAGGGGCGGCUGAUGGACGCGAUUAUUGGGGAGCAAUUUGCGGAGGGACUCCCUGCCGGGGUGGCCGAGUGGGUGAAGUGC